UCGAACUUCAGUCAACCACAACACUCGAUCACAGCUUAUCGAUCUGACUUAAAAUCAAGUGUUUCAUAAGCUCUUCAACUUACUUACACAGCAUUCAAAAUGAAGUUCCUCUUCGUGGUCGCCCUGAUUGCCUUGGCCAUUCAGUUGGCCUACUCUGCAACUGGAACUUCCACCACUACCACUGCUGCCACCACAACCACAGCGGCAACAGCAACCACUACGACAGCCUCAUCCACCCACAAGAAGCGUUGUUGGAAGGGCAACAACUGGUGCCACACCCACAUCCCCAAGAAGAAGUGCAAGAACCCAAAAAGGUGCCACAAGACCGUUGUGAUAGUCACCCGCAGAAAGAACUAAUCUUCAUUUCAUAAUUUAAAUUUAAAAUAAAUGCAUACAAAAUAUUUGGCA